AGACGGAAACCCCGGAAGUACCGGUCCCAUCCCCUUCUGGGUCCGUGCAGGAAAGGAGACGCUAAACUUUAGUUCCGCCUCUCCUUCUCUGCGUACGUGAAGGCGAAUAGUGAAGGUCCAGAAGACAACUGGGACACUACCAUGAACGACAAGGAUACGGAGGGAGAAGACCACCCUUUAAAAAAUAGUGAAGGAAAGGCAGUGGAGAACAAUAAUGACACGGGUGGAGAAAAGGAUGUGUGCAUUAAAAAGCAGAACAGACUUUCACGUCUGUCAAAGAUUCGCACUGCCGCAUUUUUUGGUGCGUUGUUUCUUUGCCUUGCAGCAGUGUUUGCUUUUUCGUUUAUAAUUCCUUGCCCAGUGAGACCUUUCUCUCAGAGAACCUGGAGCUUACAGUAUAACAACUCUGUUGGUUAUCCUUUUCUGGCUACAGAAGAUGUGAACAAAGACAACGUGCAAGAUGUUCUUUUCAUUUUUAAAACGGACAGUGCCAGUCAGUUAAACGUAUCCUGUGCGGAUGAAGGCUUUCAGUCACCUUGCUUCUUUUUAUCUGCCUUGUCUGGAACAAAUGGAAGCACAUUGUGGGUCAGACCAGUUUCAGAUGAUGAUGUGCAGUUGGUGGAGUGCAGUAUCCAUAACCUUGGCGGUGGAGACAGUGUUGGUUGCCUGGUUAUAAGGAAAUCUGGAUUUAUAUUGGCAAUUGACUCUACAACAGGACAUGCUUUGUGGGAAAAGCCAACUGGAUUUGUGGCUGGGUUCACUGUCAUAAAACCAGUGCUGAAAAUUCCAGAUGUGGAUAGGGAUGGUAUAGAAGAUCUCAUGGUUUUUAUUUUUGCAGAAAAUGAGCUGCAAAGUGCUGUAUUUUCAGGAAAAAAUGGUGACCGUAUUGGACAAAAGUGGACGAUUAGUACUGACCAACCAAGUGGUUAUUAUACACAUGUGACAAAGUCUAAGGCAUAUUAUGUCCUCUUCUACAAAGGUAGCUCCAUUGCUGCAUAUUCUGUCAGCGGACUGUGUUCGCACACUGCAGGACUUGAAGCAAAACCCACCGGACAGGAUUCUGACUGGGAGGCACAAAUGAAUAGUUCUACCGGGUUUAUUCCUCUAAUGGCUUCUUCCAGCUCUGGUAAUAUUCUCUACAUCUUAAAUGUCCCUGGAAGAUACUACAACAAUAUCUUAGUUGUGAAAUCUGAAGUUUCAGAACUGCUGGAUGGUCAAAAGUUUCAAACAUUGUGGUCUGUCAAUACGACCAACAUUUUAAGUAAACCAGCUUUGGGAUUUUUCAAAAGAGAUGUCUUGUCUAUAAUGAUGGAGCUAGAGACUGGAAUGAACAGAAAGAAGGUCAUUAUUGUAGACAGCAAUAGUGGGGCUUUGCAGUGGGAGUAUGACCUGAGUUUGGGAAUUGCCAGACAAAACCCUGCCGUGCUGAACACAGGAGACCAUCGCUCAACGUUUCUGUUCUGGGGAGUGAACUCUCCAGAGCCCAACAACAUUACAGAGUUAGAAGAAAACCUGUUCAUGUUUCACCCAUCACAUCCGAAAGCCCUUCUGCAACUGAACAACCAUACUGAAAAUAUUAUCAUGUUUAGGGCUGCCCUGUUUGAGCGGAGCCGGCAUGCUUGUUACGUUUUGAUAACUGGUCCCAACACAACAGAGGACCCUGGCACUUUGAUGGUUUCUAAGCGGAAGUUAAAGGAGGACAUCAGCAAUGCAAAAGUCAUAUGGUUUGGUACAGAAGAGGUCAACACUGAAGCGAUAAGAGAUGAGUUUUUUAGAAUGAGAUACACCAGUCACUAACAUGAAGAAACCAAUGUAGUGAACGUAAAAUGUUUGUGCAUGACUUCAGUCCUCACAUCUUAAGAACUAUGCUUUCAUAAUAUCAGGUGCAAACAAAAAAGGUCCAAUACUAAAAGAAACUUUUUAGAAGUGCUGUUGAAUCAUUUUCUGAUACUAAGCCUUUAGUGUCACCAUUCAGACCUGGAUCUGCAAACAGAUGCAUAUUUCCAUUGAAGAUUUUGAUGCGGCUGGCAUUUACAUCCAGAAACUAAGGAGAAGAUCUGAAAAUGUCUGCCUGGUGUAGAUGUCGACUUCUACAACAUGUUGUUCUUGCAUCUGAUCAUAAUUCUACAUAACCCUCUCUACAUCUACUGUAGAUACAAUCUGAUUCAGUCACAUACUAAUAAUUCUCUUAUUGAUUGUUGGCUCUGUCAGUCAAAAUAUGUAACAGCAUUCUUGUUGUAUGCAAUGAUACAGGGACCUUAAAAUGGAUGGUGCACCAAGCUACCGAUGCAGCACUAAGCCUAUUAACAGCUGGAUGAGCUAUGUUAGGGAUGACUAAAUGUGCACUGUACAUCUGAAUAUAAAUGUUAACUAUUCGUAAGAAAGGGAAAUGCUUAUGACAUUAAUAUAAACAGGAUGAAACUAUUUAUUUUCUUGUUAAUUUAAUAUAUAUAUAUAUAUAUAUAUAUAUAUAUAUAUAUAUAUAUUAAAUUAUCUUAAGGUGGACAGAAAAAUAUGGUUUGUUAACAACUAAUAUUAAAGGUAAAUGCAGGUGAAUUCAUCUAUCUGUAACUGGGAAAACAAGAUGGCCUUCUAAAGAAUGACUUAUUGAUUUACUGUUAGAGUAUUAGAGCCAUUUUUUAUUUAAAUGGGUCUAAAGUUUUUUUGCUAACUAGUUUCUUUAUAAACUAUUAUAGAGGUUUGAGCUCCGUUUUCCUGAUCCAGAGCACUGAGUUCCUUACAGAGUCCUAGAGUUAGGACAUACCAUUCUUGCUGCCUCCAGACACCACUACAGGGAGUUUAGAAGCUUACUUUUUACUAUAUAAUUAAUAUUUCUAUUAAGUUUAGUGUAUAAACAGUAUACAGCAAGCUAAUCCUAAUCAUAAUUGUUGUCAGCCAAAAAAGUAUAUUUUAACUGUGGAUAUUGGGUCCAUAAACACCAUGGUGUUAAACAUGAACAUUAACUUUAAGUGACUAAAAAAGGUUUUCAAUCCUAUUGUGUGGUAUAGACAGGCUUUUUUUGAUUUUGAUAUUUUGGUUUGCUUCCAGCUGAUAUAUCUUUUGCCUGUGGGACAGAAUAUUGUAGAAGUCUCUGCAAGUCUAUCCAACAAAUAAAAUGUAUGCUAGCGUAAAGCAGAUUAAACAUAGUCACAAGUAGACAAUGUUUGGUCUGGUCUAUUGAGGCCUAUGGUUAUGCCACAUCAGAAUAACUUUUUUGCUAGUAUGUAGUCUUGUACGUGUAGUGUAGUCACAUUAUAGAAACAAACAUACAUUGGAUUUGCCAUGUAAGAUGAUGUUUAGACACAGUUUUUUUUUUAGAGCUGUAAUUUGAGCUUACGGACCAAAAUACAUUAGUGCCAUUAAAGGGUUACUCAAGGGAACAGAACGUAUUCCCUAUCCACAGGAUAGAGGAUAAGUGUCUGAUUGCAGAGGUCUGACCCCUGGGACCUUCUGCAAUUUCCUGGCUACUUACCUGUACUCGGCAUUCUCUUGGUUUCCACCUUCCAAGACGAGCACUAGUGAUGGCCGCUGAGACAAUCCCUAGCCACAGUGUUGUCUCACCUCAGCCAGUAAUUGGCUUAGCGGGCUGUCACUUGUGCCUGUCUCCGAGGGUGGGGGGCGAAGUUCACCAAGGACGAGUAAGUAGUCAAGCCCCAUGCAUGAGAUUGCAGGGGGCCCCAACAGUCGGACCCCUCGAAAUGAGAUAUUUAUCCCAUAUCCUGUGCAUAAGGGAUAGGCUAAGUUCCCAAAAGUACCCCUUAAAUGGCUCCAAGAAAAGUCUAACACCAGAUUGUACAGCUGUAAAAAUGAAUGGGUGCACAAACAAGUUUAAUAAAACUCCAUAGUUAACAAAAGGCUGUUUUUUUUUAACUCUAAGAUGGCCAUAUAUUUUACUGGUCAAAAAACUACCAAAAUACUAUGCGGGAACAAAGCCCAAUAGAAUUAAAACCCAAAAUGUAUUACCAGUUAAAGAAAACAAGAUAUUAAAGAUCUAGAUGAAUAGGACAUUCACAGGGCAGCAUUACUGGAGGAUCUGUAUUUCCUUGGCUUCAUGUAAGGGAAGUUAUAUCUGGAGUCAGUGAGAAGACAACCAACCUGUUUGAGCUGCACGCCGCGGUGCCAGCUCGCAAACAGCCGGGUGGCGACCACGGGGCUGGAGUAUUGUGACGACAUGACUACGCCCCCACUAUGCAAGUUUAUGGGAGGGGGCGUGACAUCACGCCCCCUCCCAUAGACUUGCAUAGCGGGGGGUGACGUCACACGGGGGCGGAGUCGUGACGUCACAAUACUCCAGCCCUGUGGUCGCCACCCGGCUGUUUGCGAGCUGGCACCAUAGCGUGCAGCUCAAACAGGUGGGUGGCGAAUACAAGAUAGCGGGGGUCCCCCAUGGUGAGACAUCUUAUCCCCUAUCCUUUGGAUAGGAGAUAAGAUGUCUCAGGGCCGGAGUACCACUUUAAAUCUAUUUGUUCUCUGCUUGAGGGUAGUAUGGCAGGUAUGGGUUUCUUCUUUUCUUUCCUUUUAUUUCUAUGUUUUAUUAAACUACAGAAUUCUGAUACAUCUGUCCCAAAAAAAAGAUCAAAUUAAAUUUUACAACAGUGUUUGUAAUAUUAAUAUCCUAAGAAAAUGAAGUAUAUAUGUGUGUGUGUGUAUAUAUAUAGAUAUAUAUAUAUAUAUAUUAAGGAUUUUUAUUCUUCCCUUAAAGGGAUACUCCGCUGCUCAGCAUUUGGAACAAACUGUUCUGAACGCUGGAGCUCGUGAUGUCAUAACUCCGCCCCUCAUAACAUCACUCCCCGCCCCCUCAAUGCAAGUCUAUGGGAGGGGGCGUGACAGCAGACUUGCAUUGAGGGGGUGGGGUGUGACAUGAGAGAGCGGGACUAUGACGUCACGAGCUCCCAGCGUUCGGAACAGUUUGUUCCAAAUGCUGAGCAGCAGAGUACCCCUUUAAGUUAAUGAACCUAUUUUAUUUAAUUAAAAGGAGCAUUUAAGCUGCUGCACUUUACUUGAAAUCUAUAAACCUGUGGUCUGGGAUGAACUCUAAAUAAUUAUUUAUAAAGAAAUAGAUUACAAUGCUUGAUGUGCCUUUGAUUUAAUACUAUAUAUUGAGGUUUACACACUGAUUCCAUUUUUUAGUAACUCUCUUUUGUAGGGUACGGGUCAUGCUUGAGCAGGAGAAAGAUUACUUGGGGAUAAUUCUGAUGAUGGAAAUAAUGUAAUGUACUUCACUGUAUGUGUGCUGUGUAUAAUAAAUGAUUGGUUAUACUAUUUCCUUGCUUGCUUUGGUGUGUACGGAUAUAUACUGUAGUAUUCCCUGAGCUAAAAGCUGGAUAACCAGUAAGCGUGCAGUCAUAGUAUGUAGGGGAUGAGAUGUAAAGAAACAAAACAGGACUUUUCUGAGCAAAAUGAGAUGAGAAUCUGUGAUGCUACCACCAUUGUACAUCUGAAUUGCGAUGGUUUUCGUCUUUAAUUCUCAUUUCCUGCAUCAUUGUUCAGUCAGGACAUCCUGAUACUUACAUACAUAAUUACAUGUUUUAUAAGGUUGAAAAAAAAGACAAGAGUCUACCAAGUUCAACCUAAUACCCUACUGUAAAGAUAAAUGGGGGUGACUGGUUCUCAAGGUCUUGAGUGUGAUGGAAAUGUGUUAUAUGGUUUUGUCUGUGGAUAUGUAAUGAUGAUAGUGGUGUUCUAUAUUAUUAAAUUACAAAUAAAUUACGCUUUUAUCUA